AUGCUAACAUCAUAUCGUCCAGAUCGGCCUUCUAGUCAUGUCGCCUUCAUCAUCUCAAGCUCGUCUACUUCCUCUGGCGCGUCCUUCCAGCAGUUCCCGGAAUCAGCAACGUCGACGCAGCCUGAUUGGCGUCUCCAUCACCUGUGCUGUCUUCCUUUGCGCCUGAGGCAUAGGCAGCGGUCGCCGGAAACCCCCGUCGAAAGCUCCCUCCUCUUCGCAUACAUCGUCCUGUGCAUCUACCAAAUAUUCACAGACUAUAAAUCAUCCACGCCCGUUACCACCCCACCAGCAUCCCCCGCCGCACAAGCAACAGCAUUCCCCCCUUUACCCCCAAUCAUCAUGGCCUCCUACACAACCCUCCUGCACGCCCUUUCCACUCUACCCUCCAUCAUCCACGCAGCCUUCAACGUCGUCAGCGCAGCAUUCAGCGCCGUCACACCCUCCAUCCUAAUCUCUCUCACAUACCGCCUCUUCGUGUUCUACGCAUCCACCAGAAUCAUCCCUGCCGUCCGCGAGUCUGGCGCCCGCGCACUUUCCCAGGAAGCCACCCUUGAGGAUUCCGAUGGCGCAGGCCGAUUUCUAGGCCUGCUGAGCUGGUUUUCGCCCUCAAUACUCGUUGCAGUAUAUACAAGUUUGCUCAUGCAGCAUUUCGCUUCGACCUCGCAAGCGAUGGGUGGGAAUGGCGAGUGGUGGAGCAACCGCAAUGACGUUGGAGGGAAUUUUUGGAGAUGGAUCAAUCUGGGCUGUAUGAUGGGUUUGUAUGCAGUUGAGCUGUGGUUGGGGAAACAGGAUGACCUUGACGCUGGGCUUGCGGGGCAUUGGAAGACGGAUUGA